AUGUGGAAUGAAAAUGUAUUGCUUUUCAUUCUGGGCAUGCUGUUUCUAAUAGGCGGCUUGCCCAACUUCCUAAACCAGGACGACUGGGCUAACUGCUCGGGCAAAGCCCCCUGCUCCCUGGCCUUCCUGUCGAACAAUCCGCUCAGCCUGCGUUGCCCGAGUGCCACAGAAGUACCAGAAGGCUCCGUGUACUGGCAGUACCAGGACCUCAGCCAGCCUCAAGCCCAACCCAGCACCUUCAUCAGAUCCGGGCACUUGACGGUGUACCAAGGGCCGAUGGGCGAUCUGGGAAGCCGAGCCAAUCUACAUCGAGGCUCCUUGAUCAUGGACACGGCGAAGACCUCAGACACGGGCCUGUACCUGUGUAAGUCGGCUAAUUCCACCCUAGCCGCCUACCAGGUGGAUGUGCAGGACUCGUCUCUGGUUUACGUGUCCCACCAAGGGCUGGGGGAGAGCAUUCUGACAAACCAGACCCUGAGGGUGAACGUGGGCUCUUCCCAGCACAUGGUCAAGCUCUACACCCGCUGGGGACCAUGGCAGGAAUGUAACCGGUGUAACGUAAUAGGGGAGCAGAAGGUGAUGGGCUUCUGUUACGCCAAACUUAGCAACACCGACAAGGACGAGGACGAGGACGAGGACGAGGCACUGGAGGUGAAUGGCGUCACCUUGCCCUGUGGCCUAAUGGAGCUGUUCAUUGGGCAGUCCUUGCCCCGGCGUGCCGCCGAGCUCCACUACCAAUGGUGCCGCCAGCCGUGCAAGAAGGAGGAACAAUCAUUGGAGAUCGCAGCCAAUCUUCUGUUGCUGGAGAUUGGCGAAUGGUGGCGGUGGUGGUGUGGUCGGGAGCCUGUGUUCGACUGGAUGGAGCCACGUACAACUCUUCUGCAGCCGAUGUACUACGGCAUCCGUGACAACGCCCGGAUCACAUGCCCGGGGGCGUCGGUUUACACGUCCGUUCUAUGGCAGCGCGACUCCACCUUUAUCACCCAAGGUGGCAGCAGUGACGGGAGACACCGGCUGGUCGACGCCAUGGGGGGCAUGUAUGAAAUCAAAAGCGUGAUGCCCUCCGACCGCGGCAUCUACCGCUGCUGGGUGCAUGGGCGUAGGGUUGCCUCCUUCCACCUUGAGACGCCCGAGAAGCCAGUGGUACACCGCCCCGUCAACCGGCGACUGCUGAAAGGCGUAACAAUCAUCGUCGGCACGAUCGCCAUGGUCUUUAUAAUCAGCGCCGUGGUGGAGAUAUUACACACUUAG